GGGCGUACGAAAGCAGGAGAGGCGGCGGCGGCAACCUGACGCGCUGCUCAGGGACAGUUUUCUCGAACCCACCACACAAUGGCAUUGGUGACUAGUAAAGCUAAUCCAUUUCUCUCAACUCUAUCCCACUUUCUGGCUUGGCAGAGAUUGGGCUUCCGCACUAUAUGCAGCGGCCGCCAAGUCUUGGCAACUUCCACUGUGCUGUCACCAAUUUCCGGUCCAGGAACUACCGCGGCUGGUACAAAGAUUCUUGAAACCUUUACGGAGGAAUUCGAAGUUGGUUCGCAGAAAAUUACUUUGGAAGCUGGGAAAAUAGCUCGGUUUGCUAACGGUUCUGUGGUUCUGGCUAUGGAUGAGACCAAAGUUCUCUCAACCGUGGCCUCUGCAAAGGGCGAAGCAGUCCGCGACUUUCUACCACUCACUGUUGAUUACCAAGAGAAGCAAUUUGCUCAAGGUUUAAUACCAGGCACAUUCAUGCGGCGUGAGGGUGCUCCAAAAGAACGUGAACUUCUUUGUGGUCGUCUCAUUGAUAGGCCUAUACGCCCCCUUUUUCCGGUUGGAUUUUACCACGAGGUGCAGGUAAUGGCAAGUGUUCUUUCAUCCGAUGGAAAACAAGAUCCAGAUGUAAUGGCGGCCAAUGCAACAUCUUCUGCUUUGAUGUUGUCAGAUAUUCCCUGGGGCGGUCCCAUAGGGGUAAUUCGUUUAGGGAGAAUCUGUGGACAAAUAAUUAUCAACCCAAGCAUGGAUGAGCUAAACUUAAGUGAUCUCAACUUGGUAUAUGCAUGCACAAAGGAUAAAACUUUGAUGAUAGAUGUCCAGGCACAUGAAAUUUCCGAAAGGGAUCUGGAAGCUGCUUUGAGACUGGCCCACCCUGAGGCUAAAAAGUAUUUGGAGCCUCAAGUUAGGCUUGCAGCUAGAGCAGGCAAGCCAAAAAAAAGGUAUAAACUUUCUAUGGUGUCUGAGAGAACACUUGAAAAAAUACGGAAUUUGGCUACAGAACCUAUUAAGGCUGUCUUUACAGAUCCCACUUAUGGCAAGUUUGAGCGAGGAGAAGCAUUAGAUAAAAUAACACAAGAUGUUAAAAGAUCACUCGAGGAAGAAUGUGAUGAACAAGGCUUAACCGUGUUGUCAAAGGCUGUUGACACAGUGCGGAAAGAGGUUGUUCGCAGAAGGAUUGUUGCGGAGGGUCUUAGAGUUGACGGAAGGCAUCUUGAUGAAGUUCGACCAGUGUACUGUGAAUCCGGUAAUCUAGCUGCGCUGCAUGGUUCGUCACUCUUUUCGCGUGGAGAUACACAGGUUCUUUGUACUGUUACACUUGGAGCCCCAGGGGAUGCUCAACAGCUAGAUUCCCUAGUUGGUCCUUCGACAAAGCGUUUCAUGCUUCACUAUAGUUUUCCUCCUUUUUGUAUAAACGAAGUCGGCAAACGAGUUGGUCUGAAUAGACGUGAAGUUGGACAUGGUACUCUUGCUGAGAAGGCUCUGUUAGGUGUUUUACCUCCUGAAGAUGAUUUUCCAUACACUGUCCGUGUCAAUUCAGAAGUUAUGUCAUCUGAUGGGUCAACAUCAAUGGCAACUGUCUGUGGUGGAAGCAUGGCUUUGAUGGAUGCUGGGAUUCCAGUAAGACAACAUGUAGCUGGUGUAUCUGUUGGGCUUGUCAGUGAUGUUGAUCCAUCAACUGGAGAAAUCAAGGAUUAUAGGAUACUAACAGAUAUAUUGGGUUUGGAGGAUCAUCUAGGUGAUAUGGACUUCAAAGUUGCAGGCACGCGUAAUGGAAUAACAGCUAUUCAAUUAGACAUAAAGCCUGCUGGAAUCCCCCUAGACAUCAUCUGUGAAUGUUUAGAACCUGCACUUAAGGGUCGACUUCAAAUCCUUCAACACAUGGAGCAUGAAAUUAAUGCUCCACGCAUUCAAGAUGAAAAGUGUUCUCCCCGUUUAGCCACAUUGAAAUACAGCAACGAUGCACUUCGCCGUUUGAUUGGUCCUCUUGGUGCCCUGAAGAGGAAAAUUGAAGAAGAGACAGGUGCACGAAUGUCAGUUAGUGAUGGAACCCUUACAAUAGUUGCCAAAAAUCAAUCUGUCAUGGAGAAAAUACAAGAGAAGGUUGAUUUUAUCAUCGGUCGCGAAAUUGAAGUUGGAGGUGUCUACAAAGGUGUUGUGACCACAGUUAAAGAAUAUGGCGCCUUUGUGGAGUUUAAUGGAGGCCAACAAGGGCUUUUACAUAUUUCAGAGUUGUCACAUGAACCGGUGUUGCGAGUUUCAGAUGUAGUAUCUGUUGGUCAGCAACUUUCUUUAAUGUGCAUAGGGCGAGAUGUGCGUGGGAACAUUAAAUUAUCUUUAAAAAAUACUCUACCUGGAGCUACAUCAAAAAAAUAUGAUUCUGCCCGUGAAUCUGCUUCUUGUACAAGGCAAGCAUCUAAUGUACGGGAUCCUUUCGUUGAAGUCUGUAAUGAGCAGCAGGGAAAGCGAGAUGCUAAUGUGAGGGAUGAUGUUUUGGAAAGUGAUGCAACUGCAGGGCAGACCUCCACCCCGGGAACACCAGCAUUCUUGAUUCGUAGCGCUGCAGAAUGUGACGAAGAAGAAAGAACUGCCGGAGUAAAUUUUAAUUGCAAAAUUAAGAGUGAUAACUCUAGACUUGAUUCUAAAUCCGAGCUGGGAAACUCUUUGGAACAAACCGAUACCAACUUAUCCCCAAAAUUAGCCUUUUUUUCCGGAAAUGCUAAGAAAAUCAGAGAAGGAAGUGAAGAGAAAAAAACGUCUGCAGCACCAAGGCUGUCUAAGAGUUACUUGAAGAACAAGGAUGCUACUGUUGAGACUCCUUUAUCAGCAAAUAAGUUAAAACUUGGAAUGAAGCUGACAGCCAAGGUGCAUCAGAUUCGAGCACUUGGUCUAGUGCUUGAUUUAGGCGGUGGGAUCCGUGGAAUGUAUCGCUUUGAGCCUGGUUCCAAGCGUGUUUUUGAGGUCGGUGAUGUGCUGCUGGUGAAGUGUUCAAGUUUUACAAGCAAGGGAGUUCCAGUCAUGUCAUUGUUUGAGGAUUAGCAAGAUAAGUUCUGAAGACAAGCUGAUGUUUUAGUGCAAGGAAUCUAGAGAACUGCUUUAUUGCUACACAAUGCUCGAUGGCAUAAAAUUUUGCCCAAGGACCUCCAGGUUUUGUUCAAGUAAUAAAAUAGGCUAGCUAUACUACCUAGUGUCUGAAUUUUGCUUCUUUGUGCUCUUAACUUGGAACAUUAUUUCCUUUUAUGAUCUAUUCUUGAAAUAUUCAUUUUAGUAUUUUAAAGGAUGGGCGAUUUUAAAUAAAAAGAAAAUUUUACAUGAGCU